CUCGGAGAUGGUAACCAUCACCACCACGGCAUUCUCGCCUGGAAGAAACGGCAGUCAGACUUCUUGGCACACAUCGGGAGUUCGGCGAGGGCACAGCGCCGAGCCUUGUGCCAAGCAUCGCCAAGAGAUGAUUUGCAGUCCCGACCACAUCGCCAACAACCAUCAACUUUUCCUUUUCUUCCCUUCUUCCCUCGUCAACCAUGGAUGCGCCGCAGGAGGACUGUGAAGCAGUAAUAGCAACAUGAGACCGCAGCGCCCGGUACUCCUAGCCUGGCUCUGCGCGGCCGCCGGCGGCGCCCACGGCCAGUCGACCGUCUCAGUCUAUCUGCCGGAAUACGACGAAGCGGACUGGUCAGCGCUCCGCGGAAGUGUCAUUAGCAGUGACAAAUCCGUCACGGCCUAUACCGUGUUUUGCGCGGCCAAGGCUCCGACCUGUCAAAUUGCGGGCGAGAUCCCCUUCGUUUUUACCGAAGGAGCCCAUACUUUGGUGUACAAGGGCACUGACCCCGGAACAUUAACGGCGAACCUCGAGUGUAAGCUGGAUGGAAAGACGGCAGCGACCUGUACAGGGUCUUCAUCGGUGGGCGAGAACCACCGCGAGGGGCCCCUGACCGGGCCGACGGAGACUGUCUGGACAAGGACUUUUGCUGCCGAUGAGGUGACCUGGGGCGUGUUAACGCUGUCGACACCGGGACCCCAACCCGGCACCACCGACAUCGAGGGCUCGAUGCUGGCAUCUAUGACGGGCACCGCGGUACCAACCUCGGGAGCGAGCCAACUACUGAGCGUGGUGGAAAAGAGGCGCGUGGUGAUGGCAUCGCUUGGAGCCGUUUUGCUUGGGUUUAUGUUUGGAUGAAAAAUCCCGGAGUACGGCCCAGCGCUUGGUUGGGCGACGGUGAUGGCUCUGCGUCUUUUUUUUUGUUGGCUCGAUAAAUACCCCUUUUCUUGGUUGUGGUCGGCGAGGGAACUUGAGAAGGAUGUCGGAGAAUUUACUCCCAGGGUGGCAGGUGGCCUGGAAGUGUAAAACCUGCCAGACGGCACACAUCUAAUGUACAUAGCCUGAGUACAAUACAAUGCACGAACCGAAUUUAUGAUCCCAA